CGUCACAAAGAUAGAGCAAGGCCCACUUAGCCUCUCCUCACUUCCUAAUAAACAAGCUGAGCCGCAGCGUCUCUCAUCACAUUCGUACAGGACUCUAACCAGGAAGCUGCGAGAGUUUUCAUCCUUCCAGCAGAAUGCCGAGCCAGCUCGAGGGUGCGAUGGAUGCGCUGAUAGCUGUUUUCUACAACUACUCUGGAAAUGAUGGAGACAAACACAAGCUCAACAAGGGCGAGCUGAAGCAACUUCUGAACAGUGAGCUCACGGACUUCCUCACGUCUCAGAAGGAUCCAAUGCUGGUGGAGAAAAUCAUGAACGACCUGGACUCUAACAAAGACAACGAGGUGGAUUUCAAUGAGUUUGUGGUGCUGGUUGCCGCCCUGACCGUUGCCUGCAACGACUUCUUCCAAGAGCAGAAAAACAAAAACAAGUAG